AUGAUUACAACAUGUUGCUUUAUUUUCACAGCUCAAUUGCCAUCUCUAACUCCAUUAUUGCGCUUGUACAGCAACCUAGCAACAUCCUUGGCCAUAAAAAAAUGCACAAAAGAAGCGAAGCAAAGCAAAGUCAAAAGUAAUUCAAAACAACUUAUUAGUGGUCUGCUUUUAAUGCUUAGGUAUGAGAGGGGAAGAAUUUUCACAGGCAAAAAACAAGAUAUUCUCAGACCCACAUUAAAAAAUCAAGAAAGCUUCAUCAGACAGUACUCAGAGGGCUCGUGGAUUCAUAAAUUAAAGCUAAUGGGUUUUCAGAUAGCCCUCUCAGAUUUCGCUUUUGUUGAGGGAUUCUGGUGUUGCCCCUCUCCUGUUGUCUUCCAAAAGUCACUCAAGACACAGAAUCAUCUAAACAAGUCCAAAUCGUCUCCUCCGAAUCCUAGUACUUCAGUUCAGAAAAAGCAAACUUUAGAAAAUGAGAAAAAACCAGGAACAACAAAAUCGAGGACAGGUUUUGUAAACAAGGAGCAAAGAACUUGUAGUUCGGACGCUCCUGUUCUUAAUGCUUCAGAGAUGAGUGAGAAGACGCCUCGACCGAAGAUUGAAAAUGUGCCAAGGAAGGUUUCAAUUGAGUUUGGUGAAUCUGGAACCAGUGAUCUGAAAGUAAUUUUGCUGGGAAAGCAGGGAUUUGCUGUGAAACUGAGUGUUCACAGGAGUAUACUAAUGGACAAUAGCAGUUACUUUUCCCACAAGAUAUCAGAACAGCAGCCUAUUUUUCCCUGCCUUGAAAUCGAUGAAUGUGAGGAUGUUGAGAUAUAUGUUGAAACUGUUGGACUAAUGUACUGCAGAGAACUGAAGCAGCGGUUGAUUAAACAGAGCGUUGCACGUGUUCUGCGCAUUUUGAAGGUUGCAGAACAACUUGGUUUCACAUCAUGCAUACAAUCAUGUUUGGAGUACUUGGAAGCAGUCCCUUGGGUAGGGGAAGAAGAAGAAGAGAAAGUGGUUUCUUCAGUGUUGCGUCUCCAAGAUGAUGGCAUUGGAGUCACACCCGUAUUGAAACGUGUCUCUUCUGAUAUUUCAAAGCCACCUAAGGACACUCUCUCUCAUAUAUUGGAGCUAGUUCUCAAGAGCAAAGAGGAGAGAGGGCGGCGUGAAAUGAAAUCCGUUGUACUGAAACUUCUUAGGGAAAAUAACAGUCUUCCGAGCUCUUCGGGAUUGUCCUACUUAUGCCAUGAAACACUGUAUGCCUCUUGCAGAAGCUGCCUAGAUUUGUUGCUAUCUCUGUUCAAACAAGCUGCCGAACCCAAUUUUACCAACAAACCGGUUGAUUACAGAGAACCAGUGGUGAAGUCGAUGGCCAUACAGGCUGAUAACCUCACAUGGUUGCUUGAGAUUUUAGCCGACUGGAAAGAAGCCGAAGAAUUUGCAGUAAUGUGGGCUAGACAGCAAGAAUUGGUUUCACUUCAUUCCAAACUUCCAAUCAUGUUGCGCCACCAUGUAAGCAUGAUUACAGCAAGGCUGUUUGUUGGAAUAGGAAGAGGGGAGCUUCUUCCAUCUAAGGAUACUCGUCACUUAAUAUUGCUAACCUGGUUACAGCCAUUGAUCAAUGACUAUAACUGGUUACAACAUGGAAGCAGGUCAUUUGACAGGAAGGUUGUGGAGGAAGGAAUUGGCAGGACAAUCCUCACGCUGCCUUUGGAGGACCAGCAAAGUAUUUUGCUUUCUUGGUUAGAAAGUUUUUUGAAGGCUGGCGAUAACUGUCCAAAUCUUCAGAGAGCUUUCGAGGUCUGGUGGAGGAGGACAUUCAUUAGACCAUAUGCAGAAUCAGGAUAUCACCAGCAGCCAGAACAGUAG